UGUAGUGCUGUCUGCUUGAAUGGUAAGAUCUCUCUAUUGCAUACGAUAUGGUAUUUGGUGAAUGCUAGGAGCUGACUGUUUUGGUUGUAAGGCAUCGUCUCAGUCUCCAGGCACGCGCCGGUCAACGCGAAAUGCGUCUCGCGCCAGCGACACCCCAGAUCUGUCGAUGAGUGACGCCGACGAUUUUGAGAACGCGAAAGAGAAUCUGUCGGGAAGUAAUAGCGGCGACGGUGGGGAACUUGACGGAUACGAGAUUUUGUUUGAAGAUGACGAGGAGGUGGAGCAGUAUAGUGAGAUUGAUUCGGAGGAUGAAUUUCAUCCUGAUUCGUCUGAUGAUGAAGACCAGAGGCCAAGGAAAGUAGCAAAGAAGGAGGAGGUGAGGGUUGAAGUGCCCCCAGAAUCUGCGCCUGAGGAACAACCUCCGGAGCCAGAACCGCAGCGGACGCCUGCCCCGAUACUCACCAGCGAACCUUUGGCAGAGGAGCUUCCGGUGCUAAAAUCCGAUACCGAAUCGAAAUUGACUCCCCGUACAGAAGAACACUUCACCAGCGCAGACGACGAACCACAGCCAGUAAACAGUUUAUCAUAUAUUGAAAGCGAACUCCAGACAGCGGAGAACUCAGCACGCUCGUCUGCAGAGCCGAUCGCAGUUGCACCUGCACCCGCACCCGCAUCCGCACCCGCACCCACACCCGCCUCACCGCCUCCACCUACUGCCGAAGCACCUCGGAGGUCAACUCGGCGACCAAAGAAACAAAAAACCAGUGCUGCAUCGCUAGGAAUCAGUGAAGCAGACUUGCAAGACAUCGAGGAGGUUUACGAGAUAGCGGCUGACCCAGAAUCGGAGGUGUUUCACGCUGAUAAUAUUGAAGAUGCGGUUGCUGCGCUCGGAUUCUCUGUUAGUCCGCAAGAGUUACAGGAGAUCAUUGCGACAGCGGAUCCUAGCAGUAGUGGGAUUGUCGACCAUGAUCUUUUUGUCGAGAUCAUGGCGCUAAAGUAUCAAGAGCGAAACAAAGAGCUUCGAGCGGCCGCGCGUAAAGGUGACACAGGAAGCAGCCACAAGGUCGAGAUCAACGAGGCGAAAAGGGAGGAAUUAGAAGAUGCUUUCGAGUUGUUUAUCGAGCACAGACAGGAUCAGCGGUACAUUACGAUUGACGAUUUACGAAAGGUGGCAGAGUUUGUGAAGGAUAACGUUACAGACGAAGACUUGCAGGAGAUGCUUCGAGUCGCGUCAGGCAACGCGUAUGGCACGGUCAAUUUUGAGAAUUUUGCGGCCGUGAUGCAGGACUCGGGAGCUAUUGUGUAGAUUACAAAUAUACACAUCAUAUCAAC